AUGACACGUGAAUCGAACAUCGUAGGCGGAUCGCUUGCAGCGGCACUCCCAGUCACAGACAAGUACUGGUUUCAGCAACCGCAUUUGCUACGACUGAACCUAGUCCUUCUCAUACCGCUGCUCUCGUCCUCCACUUUUGGCUACGAUGGGUCGUUGAUGAACGGACUGCAAUCCUUGGAACAAUGGCAGACAUACUUCAACAAUCCCACGGGCAGGCUCUUGGGAACCAUAGUGGCUGCGCAGUCCAUCGGCAGUGUCAUCGCGCUUCCAUUCCUAGGAAACCUCUGCGACUGGUAUGGUCGCAAGCCGAUUCUAUUUACCGGACUUGUCCUCAUCUGCAUUGCCGCAACUAUCCAAUGUGCGUCGGUAAAUCUGGCUAUGUUCAUAGUAGCCCGCAUUUUGAUUGGAAUUGGAGGGAUGUUCAGCUCCCAGCCAAGCCCGAUGCUGAUUGCGGAAUUGGCAUACCCUACACAUCGUGGUGCCAUUCUAUCCUCAUGGUGCACGUUUGGCACACAAUCACUAUCUGGAAGCUGGUCUUGGCGCACCCCGUCCAUCUUGCAAGCAGGGUAUCCUGUGGUGCAGCUAGCCUUCCUCUACUGGGUUCCAGAAUCCCCUCGCUGGCUGGUAGCCCAGAACCGGAUCCAAGAGGCUACUGAUAUUCUAAAGAUAUACCACGCGGGCCAAAGGAAUCCGGAUGAAGUGCCUUCACCACUUGUUGCAGUGGAGAUAGCCGAGAUCACACAUGCCAUCGAAUUCGAGAAGAGCUUCGAAGCCACGGGAUGGUCCACUUUAGUAGCAACACCAGGCAACCGCAAACGAACCACGAUCGCAAUUUGCGUCGGCGCCUUCGCACAAUGGAACGGCAUAGCCGUAGUCUCGUACUACCUCUCCCUGGUCCUAGACUCCGUCGGUAUUACAUCCUCCUACACGCAAACCUUAAUCAACGGCUUCCUCCAAGUUUUCAACUUCGCCGCUGCACUAAUGGCCGCCUUCCUCGUUGAUCGACUCGGUCGCCGCACGUUAUUUGUCUGGAGCAGCAUAGGCAUGUUCAUCUCCUUUAUAGUAUGGACAAUUUGUUCGGCCCUCAACAGCGAGACCGGCUCCAAAGCCGCAGGCUACGUCGUCAUAGUCUGUGUCUUCGUCGUAUACUUCCACUAUGAUAUCGCCUGGACUCCCUUACUCCUCGGGUACCCCACAGAAAUCUUUCCUUACUCGCUUCGCUCGAAGGGACUAGCCGUCGAGAUGAUGUCCGUUUACGGAUCACUUAUCAUUGCAUCGUUCUGCAACCCGAUAGGAAUGGAGAACCUGGGAUGGAGGUAUUAUAUUGUGUUCUGUGUCUUCCUUAUGUGGAUCUUGGCCACGGUUUAUUUCUAUUUUCCGGAGACAAAGGGUCAUACGCUGGAAGAAAUUGCCGUUAUUUUUGAUGGGGAUCGAUCGGAUCUGCGGCACGGUGAUGAUGAUUGUCUCGCGGAGGGGAAGAAAUGA